UUGAAUAAAUCAAAUCAAUUUUCAAUCGGAAGACGAACAAAACAACAUUCGCUGAAAUAUCUCAUGGAUUUUUCCGGGUGUUGGAGACUCGUCUUCUUUGCUAUUCUCGGAUUUUCAUGCUUUUGUUCUUCCUCUGCUGAGAAAGCCCCACACUAUUCGUUCGUGAAACCAGCAACACUAGCACCACCUGUUUCCUACUUCGACUACAUAGUUGUCGGAGGAGGAACAGCAGGUUGUUCAAUAACCGCAACUCUAUCCAACGGUGCGACCGUCUUACUCCUAGAAAGAGGUGGCGUACCGUACGGCAACAAGAACGUAGAAAACAUAGGCUCGUUCGGUGUCAACCUCGCUGACGUAUCACCUACGUCACCCUCACAAGGGUUCGUAUCAGAAGACGGUGUCCUAAAUGCCCGGGCCCGGGUCCUAGGUGGAGGAUCCGCCAUCAAUGCCGGGUUCUACACACGGGCCCCACCCGAGUUUAUUACACGGGUCGGGUUGGAUUACGGGUUGGUGAACGAUUCUUAUGCUUGGGUUGAGAGGAAGGUGGCGUUUGAGCCUGCAAUGCUUCAGUUUCAGACCGCGGUUAAAGACGGGUUGUUGCAGGCGGGUGUGAACCCGUAUAACGGGUUUACGUUUGAUCAUAUUAAAGGGACUAAGUUUGGUGGGACUAUUUUUGAUAAAAAUGGGCAUAGACAUACAGCUGCGGAUUUGCUUGAGUAUGCUGAUCCUGUUCGAACUACGGUUUACCUGUUUGCUGUUGCUCAGAAAAUCUUGUUUAGCAGAAGAGAGCUAGGUAAACCAAGAGCAUAUGGAGUAAUAUUCAAGGACUCAGUAGGAAUACUCCACAGAGCAUUUCUUCGCCCGGGCGCGAAAAACGAGAUCAUUGUAUCAGCAGGUGCACUUGGUUCACCACAAUUGCUGAUGUUAAGUGGGAUUGGACCUGCAACUGAGUUGAGAUUCCAUGGAAUUGAAGUUGUAGUUGAUCAACCACAAGUUGGACAAGGAAUGGCUGAUAAUCCAAUGAAUAUAUUGUUUAUUCCUUCACCAAUUGCUGUUGAAACAUCAUUGAUUCAAGCUGUUGGGAUUACUGAGUUUGAUAGUUUUAUUGAAGCUACUAGUGGUUCUACUAAUAUAAGAGCUUUUAUGCAGAAUCUUCCUAGUGCUGCUCAGAAUUUGGCUUCUCAGACUAAUAGCCAAUCAAAAGAAAGACCAAAUGUAAUAACAACACAAGGAGACUUAGACAAAGCACUUGAAUACAUGCAUUCCCUCCUAAACGGAACAAUCCACGGAGGAGUCAUCCUCGAAAAGAUCGCGGGCCCGCGUUCAUCGGGCUACCUCCAUCUAUCCACCCUCGACCCGAACGACAACCCGGCAGUAAGAUUCAACUAUUUCCAGGACCCAGAUGACUUAAAGACGUGUGUUAUGGGAAUGCAGACCAUAAUCAAGGUCAUUGAAUCAGAACCCUUUUCAAAAUUCAGAGUUCCAGGGAUGACAAUUCAGUCACUUAUCAAUGUUGUGGUGAAUUUCCCACUGAAUUUGAGGCCAAGGCAUUUUUCAACUGCACUUUCUUUGGAACAGUUUUGUAUUGAUACUGUGUUGAGUAUUUGGCAUUAUCAUGGAGGUUGUCAGGUUAAUAAGGUUGUUGAUAAGGAUUAUAAGGUUCUUGGCGCGGUCGGGUUACGGGUUGUGGAUGGGUCUACGUUUUACGAGUCGCCGGGGACUAACCCUCAGGCUACUGUCAUGAUGCUCGGAAGAUACGUGGGACAGAAGAUUCUAGCAGAAAGAAGAUAAGUCUGAAAGGCGGGGAAAGACCAGAAGAAAACAUGAUUCUUUGUUAAAGGAACCCAAAAAAGAGAAUACAUGAUUCUUUGUUUUGUGAAAAUCAUGCAUUUAAUUGUUUCUAAAUGUGUGGUUAACUCAAAAAAUAAAUCAUAUUCGACGAACAAAAUUAUAAGUAGUUUGUAUUUUGUAAUAUUAUUAGAUCACAGGAUCACGUACAUGUAAAUUUCCAUUCAAAUGUUUGGUAAACAAUUUACUGAUCAUAUAUUGCUUAUAUUUCAGAUUUAUUCAAUGACAAAAAAAAAUCAAAACUUGUGCAAACAUAUUAUUGUAUUUUGAGA